CAGGGCUCUCAGGAUAGUGCUGGCGGUCAGGAGGGACUCGUUCCACCACCUUUCUCUGCUUUCCCUCCACCUCCACCGCCGCCCCCCCAGAACGGCUUGGCCCUGGAUUACGGGGGCAGCUUGUACGCAGCGGGGGCCGUCCAGGGCCCCGUGGAAGCCGGCGGAGCAGCGAACAGUGCCGCCAACGCUGCCAACAGUCUCAGUGCUCAACAGACAGAUGGGUCCUCCCAGAUUGACGUUCAGUCAGGUGUUGGCUCAGGAGGAGGAGGUGGAGGAACUGUUGGGGAUGACUCAGAUGGCAAGGGGACCCCAAAACGCCUCCAUGUGUCCAACAUCCCCUUCCGUUUCAGAGACCCUGACCUUCGGCAGAUGUUUGGGCAAUAUGGCAAAAUCCUUGAUGUUGAGAUCAUUUUUAAUGAGAGGGGAUCCAAGGGCUUUGGUUUUGUAACAUUUGAGACGAGUGCGGAUGCAGAGAGAGCUCGGGAGAAGCUUCAUGGUACGCUGGUGGAGGGACGUAAAAUCGAGGUCAAUAAUGCCACAGCCAGAGUGAUGACUAACAAGAAGAUAACCACUCCUUACUCUAAUGGAGAAGGCCUCGCCACUCUGCCAUACGCUGGAUGGAAGCUGAGUCCCAUGGUUGGAGCCAUGUACAGUCCUGAACUCUAUACAGUGCCAGGGUUUCCAUACCCGGCAGCCGCCGCAGCAGCCGCCUCAACAGCCGCCACCUUUCGGGGUGCUCAUCUCCGGGGUCGUGCUCGGCCCGUCUACAGUGCAGUCAGGGCAGCUGUGCCACAGCCUGCCAUCCCCACCUACCCAGGUGUGAUGGCCUAUCAGGAUGGCUUUUACGGUGCGGCUGAUCUCUAUGGUGGCUAUGCAGCAUAUCGUUACGCCCAGCCAGCUGCGGUAGCGACUCCUGCAGCAGCGGCAGCUGCAGCAGCAGCGUACAGUGACAGCUACGGACGAGUUUACACAGCAGACCCUUAUCAUGCUGCACUCGCCCCAGCUGCCUAUGGUGUCGGAGCAAUGGCCACACUGUACAGGGGAGGCUACAGUAGAUUUGCCCCUUACUAAAGACACUAUAUUCCCCAGGAGCUCCUCUCUUCCAUUGAAUUACUAUGAAAGAGCUCCCUCUGUUGUCGUGGAGUUGGACUGCACCCAGUUUUCAAGUGUGGAGUCAACCACAUCAAAGAUAUUUCGGUCCCACCCCUGAGCAGUCCCACGUUUUCUUAUAUACGCUACUACAGAAAUAGAGGAAUGCUGUAUUAAAGACUGACAGAUGGCCUUUACGUUAAAAAAAAAGAAGGAAAAAAAAGGCCAAAAUGGCCACCUUCCCUAUUGCACGGCUGUAUUAUAGUCCCCCUCUUCUUAUUCCCUCGGCACUCAGCAGCACAAGACUCAAAAUGGAGCCCAGAUGUUCUUCCAAAGGCUGUGUGUGGAUAACUGGCAUUUAAAGAGCUGUCAACCAUGUUUGAGAAAGAGCUGUGUGGCCUGCACACUCUGAAGGAAAGAGAGAGGGAACGGAGCAAUCAAAGCCUCCACAAAGCGUCACAGUGGAAAGAUGCAGGACGGUGCAUCGUAAGAGCACCUGAGAACAUUUUGAAGCAGAAUGACGAGUCACUAAAAUGAUUAAAAAACACCCACAGAUGGAUUUUGUAAUUCCUCCUUAAAGUGUGGGCGAAUAGUAAAGAGAGAGGAAGCCUAUCUGUGGGUUGUUCUGAAAGAGGGAGACUGAACAUGGCGGCUCAUAGAGAUGAUGUGACAGUUUAUAACGCUACAGAAAUCACCUGUGAAAGCUGAAGGAGGGAGGUUUAUUAGAGCUGUUCCUUACCUCAAGUUUUCUUAGUAUGUGGAAAUGGUGAACCUUUAAACUUAAAGUUGUUAUGAUAUGCAAAGAAUUAGUUUAGAGAAAAAAGUUACCAAAUUAUUAUUAUGAUUAUUGUUAUUCUCAUUAUUAUUACGAAACCAUUAUUUUGCUAGACUCAGCAGCCACUGCUAUCAUGUAGAUCCAACAGUGAACCUUUGGGUUGAAAUCAGAAAAAGGAGCAUCUGUAUUACAAAAUGUUCCACCUAUCGACUAAAUGACACAACUGUAGUCUCACAUGAUCCUUCCCAUGCACAGGAUUUCACUGCACUGUGUCAACACUACAAAAAUGUCAACACUACACCUUUAACAUUUUCUUCUUCUUGAAAUGAUUUUUGGCUGUAGAUCAAACUAAAUCCUCCACCCGCAACCCUGAGGCGCAAGCACUCGUUGAUCCUUUAAUGUAGAGAUUUAUUAUUUGGAUUUUCCCCUCAGGCUCCAUCUUUUUUAGAGCAGCGUCCAACAUUGAAAGAGUCUUCCUAAAACAUACUUUAGUUGGUGAUUGUGUUUGAGAUGCUGCCAGCAGCUAUUACUGAGCAAGAGAGAGAUUCUGUCCGUGAGUUAAUAGAAAAUAUUUAAAUGCAAAACACCUUACUAUUGUGCAUAUUUCUAUACCGUUGUAUUCUAUAUUUCCAAAUUGUGGCUUUUUUUGGCUUUUGUUUUCGUUCCAAAGAUUUGUAGAAAGCACAUUUUUUGCCGUAUGUAUAAAUAUAUUAUCUUUGUUAUUGAUGUUAUCAUAAUCCUUGAUAAUCCUAUUGCUGUCUUUACGUACUUUUUUCAUUUUCCAUUUGUCUUUUUUAUAUCUGAAUCCUCCACCAAUAAGGUGCAAGUUCUUUUUUUCUCUUUUUUUUCCCGCUUUGAUCUUGAGCCGAUGGCGUACCUUAGUAGAGACAAACUAAAGGUAUGCAUGUAACACUACCAAACUUUAGUCCCUUUAGUUGAAAAUUAAGUCAGUUCUGGCUUGUUUAUGUUGUUUUUUUUGUCCGUUUUUUUGUCUUGUUAUAGGAUCCGUUACAAUGACAUAUGAUUACCUUUUAAAAAUACACAAUAAUGGUGAAAGCAUUUUAUUUUUAUUUUGUGUCUAUUUUUUGCAGGUGACUGAGACAUUUGGAAUAUAUAAACAUAGGUCUGAAGCACUUUGGUCAAACCAAAUGUGCUGCCUUGUUUGAUGUCUUUUAAUUUAUUUUUCAUUUUUUGAAGAAGACUCCUUUCAUUUCAAAGCUUUGCCAGCAUUGACACUCCAAGUUCUCCAUGUUUGUUUGAAUAUCAAGUAAAAUGUCUGAAAGUGUUAUCUCUCAAACAUAAGAUUAUAUUCCAACAUGAAAAAGAUAAUGUCUUUGUGGGAUUUUAACAUAUUUUGGGUUCAAUAGGGAGGUUAUGUGUUCUGUUUUUGUUUUCUUUACCCAAGAAUAAUUUCAAAGCUACAGUUGUGUUUUUCAUUACUCACUUUUGGAAAACAUGCAGGUCAGAAAGACUAUUUUUAAUAUUAUUAAUAUCAUUAAAUGUGCUGCUGUUGAAUUUUCUUAUGGCAUCCUACAUUUCUUUUUAAAUGUCUGAAGUUACCAUGGAAUGUGCUCUGGACAAAAAAGGGGGAAGAAAAAAGAAAUCUAGCCAAAGAUGCUAACCUGUAGUCCCCAGCACGUUCUGGUUUCCAACUUGAGAAAUGCUACACAAAAUACACAAAGAUGGACUUACAAAGCCACCGAAGGCAUGGACAAACCAGCAUGAGCGAUACUUGUCAAGUUAUUUAACAAAAAAAAAAAACAAUUUGCAUGAAUCUUAUGUCUUUUAUAGUUUUACUCCUCAGCAGCCGAGCCCAGUUGCGUUGCUCUUUACCACUACACUCUGGAGAAUGACAGGCAGCUAGCAGUUUGACGCUAGCUCACACAUCAAAGAGCACAUUGCUGUUUGGCAAAAAGACCUGCCGGCAAACAAAUGGCUGCGGCACGAAAACAUGCGGCAGCUUUAUUUUACUGAUGUGGUCUUCUUGCCUUUGUAUUAUAGUAAACUAUGUGGCCAUUCUUCAUAGUUGCUACGGUUUUGUCAACAACCAGUCCUCUGUCAUGUCUCUACACCCUUUGACUGCCAUUAUGUUUUUUGUUAUUGAAUGUCCAUAUAAAAUGUUUUAUAUAAAAUGUUUUGUUGUGAUCAA